AUGGAGGAUGCUAGGAGAGUAGAAGAAGGAUUGGUCCAUAGAGCAACUGCUAAUGAAGAUCAUCACAAGGUUCAUGUUGGUGAUGACUUGGAGAAAUCUGAUGGUGGAGAUGUCAUCAAGAAUGAGAAAGAGGAGAGGAGGGCAGCAGAGGAUCAAGCUGUAGUUGAACAAAAAGGGGAGGAGGAACAGGUGGUUGUGAAGCAGAAGAACAAGAGGGUUGCAACCUUGGAUGUAUUUAGGGGUCUCACCAUAGUGUUGAUGAUAUUGGUGGAUGAUGCGGGGGGAGCGUAUUCGCGAAUUGAUCACUCUCCAUGGAAUGGCUGCACAUUGGCUGACUUUGUGAUGCCAUUCUUUCUCUUCAUUGUUGGGGCUGCAAUCGCCCUCGCACUCAAGAGAGUUCCCAACAUUGGGGAUGCAAUUAAGAAGAUAAUGUUGAGAACAUUGAAGCUUCUCUUUUGGGGAAUAUUGUUGCAAGGAGGGUACUCCCAUGCCCCGGACGAUCUUGCUUAUGGAGUUGACAUGAAGCAUAUCCGGUGGUUUGGAAUCCUCCAGAGAAUAGCUGUGGUUUAUAUGUUUGUGGCUCUAAUUGAGGCUCUAACUACCAAACUCAGACCAGCUGUCCUUGAACCUGGACAUUUGUCCAUUUACACAGCAUAUAAGUGGCAAUGGAUUGGAGGGUUAGUUGCAUUCGUCGUAUACAUGAUCACAACAUACUCGCUAUAUGUUCCAGAUUGGAGUUUCGUGGCGUACAGCCAUGAUGAAGCAAAGAGAUAUACUGUAAAAUGUGGAAUGAGAGGACACUUAGGUCCUGCGUGCAAUGCUGUUGGUUAUGUGGAUAGAGAAGUUUGGGGAAUUAAUCAUCUCUAUUCAGACCCCGUCUGGAAGCGAUUAAAGGCUUGCACUCUUAGUUCCCCAGAUUCUGGCCCACUUCGCGAAGGGGCUCCAUCAUGGUGCCGUGCUCCAUUUGAACCAGAAGGCUUGUUGAGUACAAUCUCAGCAAUCCUAUCAGGCACAAUUGGUAUUCAUUAUGGACAUGUUUUGAUCCAUUUCAAGGGUCACAAGGAGAGGCUCAAGCAGUGGGUAUCAAUGGGAAUUUGUUUACUGAUUGUAGCUAUCAUUCUUCAUUUCACGGAUGCGAUUCCCAUCAACAAACAGUUAUACAGCUUCAGCUAUGUCUGCUUUACGGCUGGUGCAGCUGGAAUUGUGUUCUCUGGAUUCUAUGUACUGAUUGAUGUUUGGGGAUUCCGGACGCCAUUUUUAUUCCUAGAAUGGAUAGGGAUGAAUGCAAUGCUGAUAUUUGUGAUGGCGGCUCAAGGUAUCUUUGCAGCAUUCGUAAAUGGAUGGUACUACGAGUCCCCUGAUAAGACCCUCGUGAAUUGGAUCCAAAAGCAUGUUUUCAAUGAUGUUUGGAAAUCAGAGAGGCGAGGGACCCUCUUAUACGUGAUAUUUGCUGAAAUCACAUUCUGGGGAGUAGUUGCAGGCAUCUUGCACAAAUUGGGUAUAUACUGGAAGCUUUGAUAAGAAACAUUCUUCAACAUGAGAUGGAAUGAAAACUCAACAGUUAGUGGUACUUGUAAGAUUCAGACAUGUGUCAUAGUACUUGUCAUGUUCAUCUAUAUACCUUAAAUUUUUUGUUUUG